AUGGGUUUCAUCGAGAAGUUGCAAGCAAAGAUCGAGCUCUACAGAUUAGAGCAGCGCUAUGCCCGUCGCAAGCACCGUAGCACAUUCUCCGGCGUCCAAUACGUCGACGGCGAAUAUGUCUACUCCAACGGCUCGAACUCGCCAACAGGAACUGUCUCCAAACAUUCAACUGGCAGUUACUGGAAGACCCCGACCUGGGGUGGUUCUGGUUCCGAGUCGCGAUGGCGGUGA